UGUGUGUGUGUGUGUGUGUGCAGCUCUGAGUGAGGCUGCUCGACACGUAGUCGGUGUGUGUGUGUGUGUGUGUGUGUGUGCACCAGACCCUUCUCUCUCUCCACUUAAACAGCCCCGGCCGGCCUCCACCACCGUUGUUGUGCUCUACAAUUGCAGCUCGAGCCUCUUCAGGAAAGAAGCACGCCAGGCGACGAACCUCGCUUGCAUCCAACCAGCUACGCCAUGGACGCCGGCAAGACGCCUCAUCCGCUGCCUCUGAGCGCGGCCCAAAACCAGAUCCGGGAUGAUGUCCCACUGGUCUGCGCAUGGGCGCUCGUCAACGCCUUCGCCAUCGCCGGCAGCCAAGCAUCCCUCUACAUAGCUGGCUACACCCACCUCGCGUGCAUCCAGAUCCAGUCAUCAUCCAUUCUGCCCUGCCUCUGGGUCGGGAUGCUGUGCUGCGCCGCAACCCAGUCGGCCGCGGCGGCGCUGGCGCUGCUGCUCCCAUGCCACCGUCGCCGGGCCCGCCGUGCCCUCGCCUACCUCGCGCUCGCGGUCACUGUCCUCUUCCAUUGCAUGUACGCCAUCCACUUCCGGAUCUCCCUCGCCGCCUACCCAGGAGGAUACAUCUUCGGCUGGAUCGUUUACACCGUGGUCCUCUGCUACAUGGUGGUGCGCGACCUGACCUGCCUGACCGACCUCCUUCGAGGUGAUGGUUGGGGCAAGCAGUAGUGCAGUACGCGGUCUAUUGGUUCAGCUAGCUUAGCAGCAAGCUGCAAGGGAUCAUGUCCGUGGAUCAGCUUAUGAGGUACUGAUGAGAGCCUAGUUCUAGGGAAUAAUUUAGGGCAGUAUGCAUUAAUUCCGCAGUGACGAUUGAUGGAGUAGUGCCGUAUUUGCGAAUCUAGUAGCUGGUCUAGUGUUAAUAUCCAGAUCGACUCUAGUAUUUGGGCUAUGCUUUGCUUGCUAUAUAAUUAGACUGGAUGGAUUGUGGCUAUCUUCGAUGUAUUCGACCUUAAUUUUCUCUAUAUGUGAUCGUCAGACAUGAGUUAUAUGCUUAUUUAGCACCAGCUUCGGUAUAAUCGAUGCUGCUGAAAUUGCUGCCGUGUA